CCGCUCGGGCCUUUGCGCUGGCGCAGCGUCUCGUGGGAAGAGGGCUGACGCCCGUGCAACGGGCAACGACAGCCCACUUCCCACGAGCGAGUGGCCAUUCUCGGGGCCGGAGCCUGCUGCACGGUGGCUGCAUCAGGCCCGGGAGGCGAGGGGGCGGCCUGGAGCAGUGCUCUUGGGGCCCCCGCGGCGGGCCAGUGGGCGUGCGCAGAGCUGCGAGCGAGGCCCCUCCGGCCGUGCGCCGGGCGUGAGGGGGAGGGGGCCGGCGGGCGGGCAGGCGCCCGGGGGGCUCUCCCUCCUUCCCUCCCUCUGACUCUGCCUCCUCCUGGCUCGCUCGCUGCCUGCCAGGCUGGCUCCUGCCGCCGCGCUGGCUGCUGCGUUGCCCCUUUAAUUGUGUCCCCGGCCCUCGGGCGGCUCUCUCCAGCGCCCACGUCAGCAACUCCCUUUUGUUUCUCCGCCGGCUUCGGGGCGCCGCCGGAGCCCGGCCACGCUUCGCACCAGCCUCGCCGCUGCAGCCCGGCGCGCCCCUCUCCAAGGCAGCGGACCUUAUCCCAGUUUGAGCAUGGAGAUUUCUUCUCACCAGUUUCACCUCCUGCAGCAGUUAAACGAGCAGCGCAGGCAGGACCUGUUUUGCGACUGCAGCAUUUUGGUCGAGGGGAAAGUCUUCAAAGCCCACCGGAAUGUGCUCUUUGCCAGCAGUGGCUACUUCAAAAUGCUCCUUUCCCAGUGCUCGAAGGAAGCCAGCCAGGCCACCACAGCCACCUUCCAGGCCUUCUCCCCUGAAACAUUUUCGGUUAUCCUGGAUUUUGUGUAUUCAGGCAAACUCUCCCUUACCGGGCAAAAUGUGAUCGAGGUCAUGUCAGCUGCCAGCUACCUGCAGAUGACUGACGUUAUUAAUGUUUGUAAGACGUUCAUUAAAUCCUCCUUGGACAUCAGCGAGAAGGAAAAGGAUAGAUAUUUCAGCCUCUCGGACAAGGAAGUGAACUCGAAUGGUGUGGAACAUUUGUGCCUGUACGGGGCGAGCUGGAAGGUGGAGAGCAGCCCACCCCAUGCGCACUUAAGCCCAGAUCAAGGGACUUGUAUAGUCAGUGGGAAUUCAUGGAGCAAUUUCACCUAUUACCCGUCCACUCAAAGGAAUGCCCAACAGCUGUCCAAGCAGGAGCAAUGGCAAGAUUCCAUGAAGAAAAGUAGCCGGCACAUAGGAUUGUCGCAGCCUGCAGAUUGGAAGAGCAAACUGGAAGACCGGAGGAGGUUUUCAGGAGUCUCGCAUGAGCCAUCGGAUCUACCUCGAGGAAGAGAUGAUGUCCAGAUUGAUUCAAAAGGGGAUUCUGGUCACAGUGGCUAUCAGUACAGUCAGGGAUCUGACACACUUCCGAGAGGCUUGGCCAUGUCGCAGCAAGAGCAUGAAUCCCCCCAUUCUUCUGGCAAGUUGAAAUCACCCAAGGGGGAUGAGCAGUAUCCUAGCAUGCAUUCAGUAUUGGGAUUGAUGGGGAGCUGGGCCGAUGAUGAUCUGCCCAGGAUGAGAUUCAAGUGCCCCUUCUGUACUCAUGUGGUGAAACGGAAAGCAGACCUGAAGCGCCACCUUCGUUGCCACACAGGAGAACGGCCUUACCCUUGCGAAGCGUGUGGAAAACGGUUUAGCAGGCUGGACCACUUGAGCAGUCACUUCCGGACAAUCCACCAAGCUUGCAAACCCAUCUGCCGAAAGUGCAAGCGUCAUGUGACUGAAAUGACUGGGCAGGUGGUCCAGGAAGGAACGAGACGGUACAGACUUUGCAACGAAUGUCUGUCUGAAGCAGGCAUUGACAGCAUCCGCAUUGACCUGGACACAGAGCCACCACCCGAGUUCCCACUGGAAGAAGACAAGGAAUCCAGCUGGAAUUACGGGGAAGACAACAAGUCGGACAUCGAGAUUGUUGAGGAUGGGUCAACUGACUUGGUAAUCCAGCAAGUCGAUGACAGCGACGAUGAAGCAGAAGAAAAGGAUAUAAAAGCAAAAGCUAGCUAGUUAUGAAUAAACUGGUGAAAGCCCACAUGUCAGAACUGAGCAGCGUGCAGAAGCAGAAAAGUCUGGCUGUAAAGUAUUAAUCCCUCAUAGAGCCUGUGUGUGUGUGACAGGUUGGGAGUAGGUGGAGUUAGGAAGGCAGUCAGAGCUUCUGACAGGAAUGUGAGGAGUUGAACUCUUGAGAUCCAGAGUGAGCAAACAUGUAUAGUGUCUUUGAAUGGACCUGUGGCGUUGGCAGUUCCCUCAGUUCUACCCACUCUGUCCAGAAGGUGGAAUUAGCUCUGUUUUUAGAAUCUGUGUUUGGAAUUCUUCUCUCCCUAAGUGGUAGGGAGAGCCAGCGUGGUUUAGUUAAG